AUGGAUACUGGUAGAGCAUCUGCUUGGAAUGAAAAGGUCCCCAGUUCAAUCGUCAGCAUCUCCAGAGAUAAAGAUCUGGUAGGAGCAAAGGAUGAUCAGAGGGGUGAGGAGGGGGAGGAACUUCAUCAGCAAAUACCACAUAGAGUUAAAAAUGAAGACUUGAAUGAAAAUGUCAGCAAACGAGGCAGACCUAAGAGAAAGAAAGGUGGUGGUAUGAUUGAGAAGCGUGAGGGAAGAAAGCUAAAUAGAACCCACACAGGGGAGAAACCUUUUGAAUGCUCAGAGUGUGGAAAGAGAUUCAGUCACAGAGAAACUCUUCAAAAGCAUCAGAGAAGCCACACAAGAGAGAAACCUUUUGAGUGCUUAGAGUGUGGAAAAAGAUUCAAUCAGAGUGGCCAUCUUCAACAUCAUAAGAGAACCCACACAGGGGAGAAACCUUUUGAAUGCUCAGAGUGUGGAAAGAGAUUCAGUCGGAGUGGCCAUCUUCAGCUUCAUCAGAGAACCCACACAGGGGAGAAACCUUUUGCAUGCUCAGAAUGUGGAAAGAGAUUCAGUCAGAGUGGCAGUCUUCAACAGCAUCAGAGAACCCACACAGGGGAGAAACCUUUUGAAUGCUCAGAGUGUGGAAAGAGAUUCAGUCACAGUGGCAAUCUUCAAAAGCAUCAGAGAACCCACACAGGGGAGAAACCUUUUGAAUGCUCAGAGUGUGGAAAGAGAUUCAGUCGGAGUGGCCAUCUUCAGCUUCAUCAUAGAACCCAUACAGGGGAGAAACCUUUUGAAUGCUCAGAGUGUGGGAAGAGAUCCAGACAGAGUGGCAGUCUUCAAUAUCAUCAGAGACCCCACACAGGGGGAAAACCUUUUGAAUGCUCAGAGUGUGGAAAGAGAUUCAGCCGGAGUGGCAGUCUUCAAAGUCAUCAGAGAACCCAUACAGGGGAAAAACCUUUUGAGUGCUCAGAGUGUAGAAAGAGAUUCAGUCAGAGUAGCACUCUUCAAAAUCAUCAAAGAAUCCAUACAGGGGAAAAACCUUCUGAGUGCUCAGAGUGUGGAAAGAGAUUCAGUUGGAGUGGCUAUCUUCAAAGUCAUCAGAGAAUCCACACAGGCGGGAAACCUUUUGAAUGCUCAGAGUGCGGAAAGAGAUUCAGUCAGAGUAAAACUUUUCAACAUCAUCAGAGAACCCACACAGGGGAGAAACCUUUUGAAUGCUCAGAGUGUGGAAAGAAAUUCAGUCGGAAUGGCAGUCUUCAACGUCAUCAGAGAACCCACACAGGGGAGAAACCUUUUGAAUGCUCAGAGUGUGGAAAGAGAUUCAGUCGGAGUAGCAGUCUUCAAAAUCAUCAGAUUAUUCACACAGGGGAGAAACCUUUUGAAUGCUCAGAGUGUGGAAAGAGAUUCAGUUGGAGUAGCAGUCUUCAAAGUCAUCAGAUUACCCACACAGGGGAGAAACCUUUUGAAUGCUCAGAGUGUGGAAAGAGAUUCAGUCGGAGUGGCCCUCUUCAAAAUCAUCAGAGAAUCCACACAGGGGAGAAACCUUUUGAAUGCCCAGAGUGCGGAAAGAGAUUUCGUCGGAGUGGCCAUCUUCAACAUCAUCAGAGAAUCCACACAGGCCAAAAACCUUAUGAAUGCUCAGAGUGUGGAAAGAGAUUCAGUCGGAGUGGCUAUCUUCAAAGUCAUCAGAGAAUCCACACAGGCGGGAAACCUUUUGAAUGCUCAGAGUGCGGAAAGAGAUUCAGUCAGAGUAAAACUUUUCAACAUCAUCAGAGAACCCACACAGGGGAGAAACCUUUUGAAUGCUCAGAGUGUGGAAAGAAAUUCAGUCGGAAUGGCAGUCUUCAACGUCAUCAGAGAACCCACACAGGGGAGAAACCUUUUGAAUGCUCAGAGUGUGGAAAGAGAUUCAGUCGGAGUAGCAGUCUUCAAAAUCAUCAGAUUACUCACACAGGGGAGAAACCUUUUGAAUGCUCAGAGUGUGGAAAGAGAUUCAGUUGGAGUAGCAGUCUUCAAAGUCAUCAGAUUACCCACACAGGGGAGAAACCUUUUGAAUGCUCAGAGUGUGGAAAGAGAUUCAGUCGGAGUGGCCCUCUUCAAAAUCAUCAGAGAAUCCACACAGGGGAGAAACCUUUUGAAUGCCCAGAGUGUGGAAAGAGAUUUCGUCGGAGUGGCCAUCUUCAACAUCAUCAGAGAAUCCACACAGGCCAAAAACCUUAUGAAUGCUCAGAGUGUGGAAAGAAAUUCAUUCAGAGUACCAAUCUUCAACGUCAUCAGAGAAUCCACACAGGCGGGAAACCUUUUGAAUGCUCAGAGUGUGGAAAGAGAUUCAGUCAGAGUAGCACUCUUCAACUUCAUCAGAGAAUCCACACAGGGGAAAAACCUUUUGAGUGCUCAGAGUGUGGAAAGAGAUUCAGUCAGAGGAGGAAUCUUCAACAGCAUCAGAGAACACACAGAGGGGAGAAUCUUUAG